ACGGGCACAACUAGCCGGGCCGAUCGACCAUUCGGAGUAAAUUUUCGGAGUGCAAUAAUUCCACCGGCAUAAUUAAUUCAUUAAAAAACACCAAUCACCGGGGGAAGAUGCUCAUUGUGGGGUGAUCAUUGCAGUGCCCAGUGCAAUUAAUCUUCGUCACUUGUGGGUGAUUGGAGAGUUAUUUAAUUGCUCAGUUAAAUAAACAAUUUUUAAUCGGCAGUCGGAAUCCUCAUUUCGGAUAAUUGAGUAAAAAGUGUUGAGAAUGUUCUUCGGGCUGUGGAAAGUGCGAGGAAAGUGAGAGGACAGUGAUAUUACGACGGAUAGCCGAGUGAUAUGUUAACCGAGGACAAUGACCCGACAAAACCGGCCGGGGUGUUAGACAAUGUUGGUAACGUGUCGUCAUCGACGGAGGCUUCGGUACAGGGUCCACGGAAUUCUAACAAUGAAGCCGAGGUCAAGAAUGAAGUCCAGGACUGUCCGGACAAUGAAACCCUGCCGGACGGUGAAUUGUACGUCGACGAGAAUGCCGUUGAGAAGGAACAGGAGUAUCCGGACUCGAUGGAAAAGACGGACUACAGUACUUUAUAUGGAGCAAAUCAGUAUUAUAAUAGUCUCUACAAUUCACCCUCGUACGGCUCAACGAACUCAACGAAAAAUUCGACGAGCCUCCAGAGCACGUACCUAGGCUCUUACCCGACUCCAAGUCCAAUGGCACAAUAUUCAUCGUAUCCCGGUUACAACAGCAGUGGUACAACAUUUUCAUCGGUGAGCCAGAAUAUAUCAAGCGCAACCCAGAAAUUGGAUUACAGCGCGUACAGCAGUACUUGUCUGUAUGGAAAUGAUCGUGUGCCGUUGCAGUACUCCGGGUACUAUCCAAUGCCGGGGUAUCACACUACUCCUUCAUUCAAUAUUGGCAAUUUGAAUUUCUCAGAAUCCACUAAAGCUGGCCUUGGGCUAGAUGCACCGCACCACGAUCCAAGCGACAUUACGGGACGAGAAGCUGUGAAUAUCGAAGGGACAUCGGCGAAGCCCUGUAGACGUGGAAGACGGCAAAGCGGAAGUGGAAAUAGUAUAGGUUCGGCAGAUACAACGGAAGCCGGACCAGAUCGAAUAUUCAUUUGGGACCUCGACGAAACCAUAGUUGUGUUUCACUCACUUCUCACUGGACAAUUCGCUGCCAAACACGCCAAGAGCCCCGAGUUGUUGGCACAGCUGGGGUACAGAAUGGAGGAGAUGAUAUUCAAUUUAGCCGACACACAUUUUUUCUUCAAUGAGGUUGAGGAGUGUGAUCAAGUGCACAUUGACGACGUAUCCUCGGACGACAAUGGCCAGGAUUUGUCCUCGUACAAUUUCUCGGCCGAUGGCUUUCAGUGCGCAUCAGCCAACAACGGCAUUUGUCUCGCCUCUGGAGUACGCGGUGGUGUCGAUUGGAUGCGAAAGCUCGCAUUUCGAUAUCGAAAAAUCAAAGAGAUAUACUGCAACUACAGGAAUAACGUCGGUGGACUACUUGGUGCAGCUAAGCGCGAGCAGUGGCUGCAGUUGAGAGCUGAAAUUGAAUUGGUUACGGACAAUUGGCUUACAUCAACAAUCAAGUGCUUAAGUCUCAUUAGUAAACGGAGUCAUUGUGUUAAUAUUCUUGUUACUACAACACAACUUGUACCGGCGCUGUCCAAGGUCCUGUUAUUUGGCAUUGGGGGGUUGUUCCCGAUCGAGAAUAUUUAUUCGGCGUCUAAAAUUGGGAAAGAGAGCUGCUUCGGCAGAGUCGUAGCUAAAUUCGGUAGAAAAUGUACGUACGUAGUGAUUGGUGAUGGUUCAGACGAGGAAACAGCUGCAAGGGCGCACAAUUUUCCAUUCUGGAGGAUAAACAGUCACUCCGACACUCAAGCCCUCUACAACGCCCUCGAGAUGGGUUUUCUUUAAUGAAAACGAAAAAAAAAACAUUGGAAAUUCUAUCACGACCAACUUAAUGUCAUUCCUAUGGAUAGUUUUUUAAUCAAGUGAUUAUUAUCGUAAGUAGCGGAUCGAUGCCAUGGCGGAAGAAUUUUUAUCGAUCAAUUCAGGGUCCACAAGUGAUGAACGAAAAUGUAACGAAAGUAAUUGUGAAAGUGUACGAGAAAUCUAUUGAGUGAGGAGAAUUUUUAAAUGAGACAUUUAGCGAGCUUCUACGUGUAUAGAAAUGAUAAAUUUUAUCGAGAUUAUAGCGAUUUAUGUGUUUAGUACUUAAACGGUGAGGUGACGAUGGAGAUCAGUAGUGGAGUGGUAAAAAAAGAUAACUGCAAUUGAUUUAGAAUAUUUUUUGUUGAGAUAUCUUUGAAUCUAACGGGGACAGGAGAGUUUUUGAAAGGUUCUUAUGAAAUAUUCGAUUGUGCUGCAGAUUCCAAGCUAUUUAUAAUUAAUUUUCCUGAAGAAAAAUCGAUGAUUCAGUGUAAUCACGACAGGAUCAAUCCAGAUUUUUCUGACUAUAUCAAAAUCUAAGGGAGAUUAAACCGGUUUACCACUUCUCUACUGAACUCCAAAAACUAAUGUUUUCUUUUGAAACAACAAAAAAAAUGGAGAGCAUUGAAAUUUUGUUCAUCAACCUUCCUGUACCAUAUCAAGCAAAAGAAUUUCUUUUACAUUGUUGAUACAUCUAUUCAAAAAAUAAAGAAUCAAAUAAGAACCACGAACAAUUAUCCAAUGUAUUGUUGAGUGUAUGGCCGAGGCAGGGGUCCUGGGUUCGCAACCUGGCACAGACAAAUCAU